AUGCAUUUUCUUCAGACCGCUUUCCUAGGACUUGUUGGCGCGCUGUCGCUGAAAGCUACAGCAAUACCUACUCCCUCGCUCGAGGAACGUCAGACACCGACCAUCUCCAAUCAAGUCAUCUUCUCGCCCCCGACCAAUGCUGGAUGGGUUGAUCCCCGUGUCUUAUAUGCCCGCGCAGUUCAUUUGAAAUCCGGCGCUCUGAUCGCAACGUGGGAGAACUAUUCUCCUGAGCCUCCAGCCGUCUAUUUCCCCAUCUACAGGUCGACAGACGGUGGUUCUUCCUGGACAGAGAUCGGUCAGGUCCAUGACACCGUCAAUGGAUGGGGCUUGCGCUACCAGCCUUACUUGUACGAAUUGCCCAGCGCCAUCGGGCGCUUCCCUGCCGGCACAAUCCUCCUUGCUGGGAACAGCAUUCCGACCGACCUUAGCAAGACCAAAAUUGAUGUUUAUGCGAGCACCGAUGGUGGUGUGAACUGGUCUUUUGUCAGCAGUGUGGCAAGUGGAGGGGAGGCGCGUCCUAACAAUGGGUUGACGCCUGUCUGGGAGCCAUUGCUAUUCGUUUACAACAAUCAGUUGAUCUGCUACUACGCUGAUCAGCGCGAUUCGAGAAAUGGACAAAAGCUGUCGCAUCAAACAACCACCGACCUGGUCUCUUGGAGUUCACCGGUAGACGAUGUCCGGGAUGCAAGCAAUUACGCCGCCCGGCCAGGGAUGCCCGCAAUUGUGAAGCUUCCAAACAAUGACUACAUCUUUGCUUACGAGCUAUGUGGUACGGAUGGCUGUCGGGUCCAUUAUCGAAUCACAAGCAACCCACUCAACGUCGCCACAGCGGCCGAUGUCCAACUCAGGUCCACGGCCGGAACAUUACCCGUGAGCUCUCCGUUCCUAGCUUGGUCUAGCGUUGGUGGUGUAAAUGGGACCAUCAUUCUCAGUGGAGGCAGCCAGUCUCAAAUCUUUACAAAUCGUGCUUUGGGAGCUUCAAACGCGUGGGUCCAGUACAAUACGCCGCAGCCGAAUGCGUACUCUCGCUCGCUUGCAGUCUUCCAAGAUGAUCCCAGCAAGCUUGCGAUCAUUGGAGGAGGAUGGCUGCCACCUAGCAGUACCAACCAGAAGGUUCCGGAGACGGCGGUCACCUCCAUCCUCGUCUCCACGAAACCAGAGAUCAAGCUUUCAACAUCUAUUGCAAACGAGAUGCAAAUCCCAUACAGCCAAGACGAUCAACGGCCAUACGGUCAGCCAAAUGACCACCGCAGUCCUUCGCCGUACGCUCCGUCCUCUCCAUAUCAACCCCAACACGCUCCCUACGGUGCCCCACCUCAGCCGUCUUAUGGAUCUCCGAGCGGCCCUCCACCAUCAUACGGACAACAAUAUGGGCAGCCAAGUUACGCACCAUAUUCUGCCCCAUCGCAGCCGAGCUAUGGUGGACACGACAACACGCACUCGUACAACUCCAAUCAGGGGUCUCAAGGCUAUGGAUACAAUGCACCCGGUCAGCAACAGUACGCACCUUCGCCUGCAGGUCACUCCCCAUACCAACAAGAGUCACCCUACCAACCCCCAGGACGACCAUCUCAGGGUGGUUAUGGUGCCGCCGCAGACUACAUGAAUCCUGAUCAUCCAGGUAAUCGUCCAGACGGAGAAGAUCGCGGAGUAAUGGGGGCUCUGGCUGGUGGCGCUGCCGGUGCAUGGGCGGGCCACAAGAUGAACCACGGGUUUCUCGGCGCAUUAGGUGGUGCUUUUGCCGGGCACAAACUACAAGAUGCUAUCUCCGACCAUAACAAGCACAAGAAGGACGAGUACAAACAAUCUCAUUCGCCUCAGCCACCACAGUACGCACAACAACCCCCGCCGCCUCCUCCUCCAAAGCAACACUACGCGGGAAACUUUUCCGCCUCGUCUAGUCAGAUGAACCUUGAUGGGGAUUACGAUCUCAUUGCCUCGUGCAGGCGGAUGGACGGCAGCCAGAGGUUGACGUCCAUCAGCCUGAAUAACUGCUUGACGAAUGAUGACGGUCAUUUCCGCUGGGCCAAGGGCGGCAACUUCGGUGCUUCGGCCAGGAACGUGCGCCUCAUUGAUGGAGGGCGGACUCUGGAAGGUGAGCUCAGGAACUGCCGAGGCGGUUGGGUAUGGGAUAGAAUCGUCUUGGACGAAAAGAUCGGCAAUAGCAAUGGUGACUUGGUAAUGGUUUGA